CGACGUGAUGCUUCCGCCCGGCACUCCCAGCUGCUAAGUCUGCCCUGCGAAGACUCCGCGCGCGCUUAAGGCGCACGUUGUUUACUUUGGCCGCAUGGCUUUGCAGAGCUCGGCGGUGAAAUUCCGCAGGAUCCUGGCUCAUUUCCCUCAAGAGCUCAGCCUAGCUUUUGCUUAUGGGUCCGGGGUCUUUCAGCAAGCGGGGGCCUCUACCGUGGAAACGGGGAACAAUAUGCUGGACUUUGUGUUUGCUGUUGAUGAUUCUGUGACGUGGCAUAUGAUGAACCUGUUAAAGAAUCGUAAUCAUUAUUCCUUUUUAAAAUAUUUUGGGCCCAAGCCAAUCAGUAACGUCCAGAACUGUGGAGCAGGGAUUUACUACAAUACACUAGUGCCUUGUAAUGGCAGGGUUAUAAAAUAUGGUGUUAUUAGUACUGAUGUUCUGAUUGAAGAUCUGCUUCGCUGGAAGACACUCUAUGUAGCUGGACGACUGCAAAAGCCGGUGAAAAUCCUUACUCAGAAUGAGAACCUUAAGCUACAAGCUGCCCUUGCUAGUAACUUGAAGAGCGCAGUCAUAGCAGCCUUUCUUAUGUUACCUGAAAGUUUCUCUGAAGAGGAUCUUUAUAUGCAGAUUGCUGGGCUCUCUUAUUGCGGUGACUUCAGAAUGGUAAUUGGAGAAGAUAAGUCGAAGGUUAUGAACAUAGUGAAGCCCAAUAUGUUGCAUUUUCAGAAGCUCUACAGUAACAUAUUGGAGGAUUGCCCACAAGUUGUGUACAAGCACCAGCAGGGGAAGCUGGAGAUAGAUAAGAGUCCAGAAGGUCAAUUUGCACAGCUAAUGGCUCUGCCAAGGACCCUACAGCAGCAAAUAACUUUUCUCAUGGAUCCUCCGGGAAAGAACAGAGAUGUGGAAGAAAUUUUAUUGCAAGUUGCCCAUGACCCUGACUGUGGAUUAGUGGUACACCAGGGCAUUUCAGGAAUUGUGAGAUCGUCCAGCCUAAUUCAGAGUGCUAAAACCACCCUAACAGCUGGUAAGAGCAUGUGGUGCUGGGUUUUCCUGAUGGACCAUAUCCUUGAGGAAGAUAUAUAUGCAAGGCUAAUUCUAUUCCAGAAAUUAAUAAAAAUGAUCUUGCAUAUCUAAGGGUUGGAAAUGAGAGAGCUUGUUGGUUCAAGUGCCUUAAGAACCAGCACUUCAGUUGGGUUCAGGAGAUGCUCAGCAUCUGCUGUGUACAGAGCACUCCGCAUGGGAAGUUCUUGUCUGCUAUUGAGAGCAGCCAUUCUAAUCACUUUGGUGACCAUCCUAUUGCUGUCUCUGCUAACAGAUCUGUGCUAUGUGCUCUUGGGCUUCUGAGAAAUAUUUCUGCAGUUACUUGUUGAAAUGUUGGCUGUCUUGAGUUACUGACUCACUAAACUCGGCAUUGCAUAGUUAAAACAAACUAUCUAAAUGAGCUGACAGGAUUAUGACAAUAUUAAAAUUCACAGACCUGAUUUUUGAUUGGUUUGGAAGCCUGUUUUGAUCUGUUUUUGUGCUGUAUUGUUUCACUUUAAAAAGCCACUUUUCCAGACCUCCUAUCAAGUGCAAAAUAGAGCCAAUUUACGCAAUAUAAUGGCAGGUGUCUUGGCUGCAUUGACACCCAAGCGAUUUAUGUCUCCAAACAGUUGUGGGCAGAUGGUGAAUGGGCACACUGGUGUCAACAUGACAAACAUUCCUCCUAAUGUAAAAAGUGACCUGGGCCUUGCUUAAGUAGUUGCUUCCAAUGAUAUUCACCCUUCUUCAUGUGUUAUUCACAUGCAUUGGGUGUUGAACAUAGCCUACACACAGAGAAAAGCCCCUGUUCCCCAUCAUCCAGAACACAAUGUUCAGUUGACUUGACAGCGAGAUUUCUACUACUUACAUUCCAGUUUUUGUCUGGAGUGUAAGUAAAAACAGCCCAAAAAAUCUGGGAGCGAGAGAAGAUCCCAGCAGACUUUAGGGAUGCCAAAAUUAUCAACCUUUUUAAAAAUGGUGAUAGUACGGAUUGUGGAAACUAUUCAGGCAUCUCUUUAUUAGCUGCAGCCGGCAAAAUUAUUGCAAGGUUCUUAGCAAACAAUCUCCUAACUAUACCCUUCCUGAAUCCUAAAAUGGUUUUUGACCUUCUAGGGGGACAGUGGACAUGAUUUUCACUGCUUGACAGCUUCAAUUGAAAUGUAGAAAGCAAAACCAACCCCUGUAUUUAUUGAGUUUAUUGACCUGACUAAGGCCUUCAACACUAUAAAUCCUCCAAACCAUCCUAAAUAUCUUCACAGAAGCUUACAAAAAGCUUGGCCUAUCACUCAACAUCCCAAAAAACCAAAGUGCUGCACCAACAAGCACAAAACAACCCCUUUGCAGCGCCACAAAUCCAACGCAAUGGUGUAAUGUUGGAAGGUGUUGAUCUCAUCUCCUACCUGGGCAGUUAUCUUUCCACAAGGGCUGACAUUGAUGCUGAAAUCCAGCAUCGCCUGAGCUCUGCAAGUGCAACUUUCUCUUGAUUGAAGUAUAGUGUGUUUGAGGAAUAGGACAUUCACAGGGAAACAAAAAUGCUUGUUUACAAAGCUUAUUGUACUACCAAACUUAAUGUAUGCUUGUGAAACAUGAACCACUUAUAAACGCCAUCUCCAACUCCUCUAAAGAUUCCACUAACAGUGUCUCUAAAAAAUUGUACACAUCACCUGGGAAGACAGCCGAACUAAUGCCAGUGUACUGGAAGAAGCAAAGAUCACCAGUGUUAAAGCAAUGAUUUUUCAACCUUAACUUCGUUGGACUGGUCAUGCUGCUCAGAUGCCUGAUUAUCAUCUUCCAAAGCAACUACUCUAUUCCGAACUUUAAAGUGGAAAGCGUAAUGCUGGUGGUCAACAAAAGAGGUUUAAAUGCUCCCUCAAGACAAAUCUAAAAAAAUGUAGUAUAAACACCAACAACUGGGAAACACUGGCCUGCGAGCGCUCCAAUUGGAGUACAGCCUUUACCAAAGGUGUCAUGGACUUUGAAGACGCUCAAACUGAGGACGAAAGGGAGAAACAAGCUAAGAGGAAGACACAUUUGGCAAACCCUCACCAUGAUCAACUCCCUCCCAGAAACCUAUGACCUCACUGUGGAAGGACGUGUGGAUCUAGAAUUUGCCUCCACAGUCACUUACAGACUCAGUGUUAAGACCAUGUUCAUGGAAGACAAUCUUACUCAGCUACCAGUGAUCACCAAAGAAGAAUACUUACACUCCAGAUUUUGUCCAGUCCACUACAUCAGUCAUAACUCUUUGGAAUAGCAGGAAGCAGUGCAACCUCCAAAAUGUUGGACAAGACCCUUUGAAGUGAUUAUGUCGAUGGCUCUAUGCAUCUUGCUGUUCUAUAGAGAAGCGAUCCCCAACAGGAUCACUUCCUCAACUAGAAAGUCCAGUUGAUACUAAUUCUUUUCUCACACAUUCUAUAAUCUUUUAUCCUGUGAAGUACCCUGAGAUCUUUUUUUUUUUCCUGUUUCAGGAGACAUUUUAAAUGACAACAUUUUUCUGUUAAAAAUGACAGAAGUACAAUAGCACAUGAAUUGUGUUGUACAGUAUUAAACAUUUCAAAACAUGAGUUUGACCAAACUGCGGGAGGCAGUGCAAGACAGGAGUGCCUGGCGUGCUAUGGUCCAUGGGGUCACAAAGAGUCGGACACGACUAAACGACUAAACAACAACAACAAACGUUUCAUUAAAUAAUGGCUUGCACUGCUGCAUUUCAAAGUACAUUAUUGAUAAAUACCACUUGUCCUAAUAUAACCUGUACACAAAACCUAAUAUAAGGUUAUGAAAUGUGGUUACUGUGUGUUUCUAUUCUGCUUUGUCUUUAAAACAUAAUUUUUAUUAAUUUUACAAAUUACAAAAAACGGUACAUACAUAGACACCUUUUCCACCUCCUUCCCACCCCCCUCCAUGGGUCCUCCCCUGCCACAGAAGUAUCCCAUGUAAGUGAACAGUCAGAGAUGGUCCAUUUUAUGCUUGGAUUUCUGUCCUCCUCCCCCUCCCCUGUCCCCAAAGCCCCCCCCUGCCACCAGGGAGCUCCAGUAAACCAGGGCAGUACGCAGGAGGUCAUCCAUCCAACCAUCUAUUAUCAUACCAAAAAAAAAGAGUAAAAAUAGAAAAAAGAGAAAAAAGAGAAGAAAAAAAUAACAAAAAAGAGAAAAAGACAAUACAAAACAGAAGAAAUCUUUCUUUCAUUCAUAAUUAUUAAACCAUAUUUUGUGGGCUUCCCCACCCUCCCCCCUUCCCCGGUUUUCAUCCCUUUUUUAUCAUCUUCAACAGUUUCUUAUUUUAUAAAAAUACACCUUUAUACCUUAUAUUACUUAUAAAUUGAUUAUUAUCAUUUUCACCUAAUGUCCAAAUCACUGAAAAAAUCAAACUCCCAUUUUUUCUUCCCGUGCCUAAUUUUUACCCCCUCUAUAAGCCUCCAUAUUUUCACAUUUUUCCAAAAUCAAUUCACUUUUAAAACUAUAACUAUUCCCAAUUUAACCUUACAUCCCCGAUUACCGGUUCCACCCCCCCAAUCCAGCAAAUUCCAUAGUCAGCAGACCAAUUAUAAUCCUGUUAAUCCAUCCUUAUAAUCACAACUUCACUUUCCCUUCACCCCACCCCCUGUUUACAACCUUUUGCCAUCCAGGCCUCCAUACAAGACCCCUGAGUUUCUUCUCUUCUCUGCAUAUUUUUCCCUUCUUCCCUGUGGGCAUUCUGAAAUUCCAGUAAUACCAAUCGUGCCCCCCUCGAAGGAAAGGCACUCCAUCCAACUUUUUGUAGAGUAAAGUCAUCAUUUUUUUCGUGGUGGGCUUCAUUUUGUGUUAAAUUAUCACAGUCCUCAUCUUCAUCUUUUCCUUCCAAAUCGCAGUCACCAUCAUUGUCAUUCUCACAUUCGUCUUCUUCAGUUUCACAAGCUUCAUCUUCUAAGAAAUCAUAUUCUGCCAUCACCAUCUGAAAUUGUUGCUGUAACUCUUGCCGUUGUGUCUCCUCUUGACAUAGUUCUAUUCUUGCUUCCCACAUUAAGGUCAAAACAGUCCGCUGGAACUCAGGCGAAUACCUUUUUGUUGACAUAGUUCAAUCCUGCCAAGGUCAAAACUUGUCACAUGGGGUGGAAUAUGAUCACAGUUUAUUUUCUCGACUCCAUUUUAACAAGCUGGCUGCAUUCUUCAAGUCUUAUUAAAAAUAAAGUUCGAACUCACAUUUCACAAGCAUUUAAACCAAAAAAAUUUCCACAAAGUCCAGAAGUAAAAAUUGAAAUAAAGUUUGACUUAUAAAUCCUGAUCAACUCACUGGGUUGUCUGGGCUGCCGGCUCCCGAGGAAAAGAAAGGUUUUUCUUAGUCUUUACCUCUUACUGCAGGGCACUCACGACCACAGUCUCUCUCCCCUUUUACCCUGCAUUUAGGGGAGAUUCUCUUUGAUGCCUUUGAGGGAUCCUUUUAAAUUGAAAUCUUCUAUUUACGGCUUCGGGUUUCUAUUUACUGUCUCUUUUGUUGCCGUGGGGGGGGGUGGCUUCCUCUUUUCUCCCCUCUUUCCCAGAUCCAAAUUGUUUUAUAAUCCAAAUCGUGAGGUUACUUACAGUCUUAUUUCCAAUCGUUUUAUUUUCAGAAGAAUCCAGCGCUCUCCGCCUUCGGCUUGAAGCUUCUCCCCGCCAGGAUAACGUUGCCGCUCAAAAUGGCCCCCGCGACUUCUACCCUCCUCGCUCCGGAGCUCUUAUUAGAGCUAGCCGGAGAGUUGGGGAGUCCGGAUUGGGGCUCUGCCGAGCAAAAUUUGCCCCCGGGACGCCCUUCCUGGGGUUCUAAGGGGCGCAGCGUCGCUCUCGCUGCCCUCCCCACUCCUAGCAGGGACGGGCCGUCUCGGAGACGAGACGAGACCCCGCCGAUCGGCGCUGGCGCUGAACCGGAAGCCUCUAUUCUCGUACCCUGAGAUCUUUUGAUGAAGAGUGCUAUAUAAAUCUAAUAAAAUAAAUAAAUUCUACCCUAUCAUCUGAGAUAUUACAAAAAGAAAAAGAAAAGAAAAGAAAUCUCAAGGCCGAAUUACACAUUAUACCUGCAAUGAUGGGCUCCUUGUCAUGGGCUUGCAGUAUGUUCAGUUCUGGAUUUUUAUCUCUGUACAAGACUCUUGCCUGCCCACCCACACCCCAUCCAGUUAUCCCACAUGCUAGUGCUGUUCAUGAAUUGUGUAGGAUGCUCACCCAGGGAAGUUAACUUUGUUACUCCUGUUGACUUAGCUGUGAAGCAACAAAGGAGCUACUGGGCUUCCUUCUCUUCUCCUUUGCAUAAUCUGCAGAUCAUGAAACUUUUGUUUCAGGCUUCUGGAGAGUUAAAGUGUGCUAUGUGAGGGCCUCACGCCAGCAGAGUUGAGGGUUCAUAAAUACUUGAGAUGUUUGCCACUAGAGGCCAGUUGCUAACACCUGCAUCCUGGCACAUUGACCAUCUGUUUUAGAACUGUUUAAUUGGUGGGAAUUCCAGCAUGCCUUGACUUUCAGCUCUUAACACAUACUAAUUUACUAAUAGAUAAGUUUGUGGCUUCCCCACAGAAAUGCAUGGAUGAUCGCAGUGCAGCAGAUGUCUUAAGAACAUAAACACAAUUAAGUUGGGUUGCUGUGUGUGGGUGUUUUUCAUAUAUUCAGCUGUAUACAAAGAUACCGGUUUAACCACUUAACCAUCCUUCUCCUGUUACAACUGUAAUUCUCCUAAUGAAUCUUUGAACUAGCACAGACUUGUAUGAGUAUUAUUUAUCAUUGGUGUAUUAUCCACCCAUCUCCUACGCCCUUUUUCCUCUUUCCCACGCAGAUUUUAUUCAAAUUUUAAUGGCAGGCUUGAGGCAGAAUUCAAAAGCCAGACGUUGUUGCAUUAGCAACUUGCAUUUUCCUUUUAUGUCCCCCUUUUCCUUCUCUCUGCUUCCCUGGCAGUCAUAGGGUUGUUAUCUAGGGAGGACUUGCUAUAUGUUGUCAACAUUUGCUGUUGCUCAACUCACAUUCAGCAAUCUCAACAGUUACUUGUUUCAAUAUGAUGCCUGCAUUUUUAUAAACAGUUUAUCACAUGCUGAAACACAGGUAAAAUAGCCCUUGUUAAGCCCUGAAAUAUCUACAGGCCAUAUGGUAGGCAGUUGGAUCCUCGAUGGCACUCAUUAUGUAGCUGCCGUGCUCUGCUUGCAAACAUUAUUUGGCAGGGAGCAAAACAAGGACUUUUUAAACAACUGUAAUAUUUCCCUUCAUCUUUUUCUGCCAGCGUGGUUUUAAACUAGUUUGAGCCCUAUAUUUUUGUUUAUUGUCAGAUGCCCUAUUUAGCUUUUCAAGAAAAGGGGCCUGUGUGUUUUCUAAAAUCUGUGGCAAGACUUCUGGUCUGGUUUCUAUUAGAAGUGGCACCAUCCAUUGAUUUAUUUUUCCUCUUGGCCUUAUGAUCUUUUAGAACUUUUAGAAGCUUUGAAAAGGUUUUAUAUUUAGUUGCUUCUUACGUGUGUGGGUGUUACACACAGUUAUUGCAUUUGGCAACCUUGUAUAAAAUAAAGCCAUGUUUUGUUAUAUUUGCAGUAAUGAUCUAGCGGUGCUUAGUUUUCUGCCAAGGCAUGCGUUGCUAUUUAAUUCCAACUGAUAUCUCUUCUAGGUAUUCCUGAGUAUUCAGAUUUUGAAGCUUUGAACAAUGCUAGGCUACAUUCAGACUGCUGCAUAGGAAAAACACCCUCCCCAUGUAGACUGAUAGUUAAAGACCAGAAAAUUCCAGUAGCUUGGGGUAGAUGCUGGCAGUCUAAGCAGCGACGGAGCAAGGGGGGUGGGGUGGAGGUGGGCCACCCAGGGUGUCACCACUGAGGGGAGUGUCAAAAUGCCGGGCGGCACUCACCGCGGGGCUUACAGCAUGCCCGAGCCAUGCGUCUCUCCUGGGAGAGAUGCGGUGGCUUUGGCGCACACAGGCUCUGCACUGCCCAAAUGGUUCGCCCGCUGCCUCCCCCCCCCCAGCUGUAGAGCGGCUGGGUGGGAGGAGGCAGGCAGGCUCUGGAGGCCCUGUCCCGACUCGCCCCACCCCUGCAGGUGACUGGCCCCACCCCUGGGUGCCACCCCAGGCACCCAAUUGGCAUGCUCCACUGCUGAGUCUAAGACUACCAGCUGGCUUAAGUGGCACCUGCCCUCUUCUAGGACAUGCCUUCACUUCCCCCUCCUUUUCUAUCAGUCUCCCAUACCCACUCAGUAUGUUCAAGUCCUCAUUGGGUAGUUUUGGGGUUCCUCUGAGGUUUUUUGCCUUAAAUAUUUUCGGUACUUUUGCAAACAUUCUGGUUCUCCUAAGCUUGCUUCUUAUUGGUGGGUGUUAGCAUCUUGUUUCCAUAAAGAUCCACAGAGAAUGAAUUCGCUAUUAGAACAGUAGGAUUUAAGCAUGGUCUCCAACAGCACCACCUCUUCAAUUACAGCAGAACAACAGUGCAGUAUUGUUACUAACAAUAUAGCCAAAUAUUUAUUCUACAAAGCUUGUCAUAUUGGGUCAAAAAAAUAAAAAAAAUCCUUCCAGUAGCACCUUAGAGACCAACUAAGUUUGUCAUAGGUAUGAGCUUUCAUGUGCAUGCACAC